GCUGUUGGAUUCACGAGUAACAACAGAGUCUGGAGCAUAUCAGUUCUGCAACUCGGAACCAAAUUCAUACACCAAUGCUAGUUUUAUUAGUAUAGCACGAUGAUCCUAAAUCCAUCUGCCCAGGUCUCGCGCGUCUUGGCUAGCUGAUCGGUUUUCCCACAGGUGAAUAUCGACGAGUAGGGAAGAUCUGCGAUGGCUUUGUUGGGUUCGUGCCUCUGGAAGGCGGCAGAUCUUCUGAUGAACUGCUGCAACCCUAGGGAAGAAGGACCCGAUGAUCCCGAGGGCUUGGCCAGCCAAACCAUAUUUAGCGUUAACGAGAUCGAGGCGUUGUACGUGCUGUUUAAGCGGAUCGACCGUGCCGUCGUUGAGGAUGGCAAGAUCAAUAAGGAAGAGUUCAAUCUGAGAAUCUUCGGGGCCAACAGAGGAAGCACCAUGUUUGCUGAUCGGGUAUUUGAUUUGUUCGACACGACGCAAACUCAUGCUCUUGGAUUCGAGGAAUUUGCACGAGCUCUAUCUAUCUUCCAUCCUGACGCCCCCGCUGAUGACAAGAUUAACUUUGCCUUCCGGUUGUAUGAUCUCAAGAAUCAGGGUUUCAUACAAAAACAAGAGUUGAAGCAAAUGAUGGAAGCCACGCUUGCAGAAUCAAACCUGGACCUUUCAGAUGAGGUCAUAGAUACCAUCAUCGACAAGACGUUUGAAGAAGCAGAUACAAAGAAAGAUGGGAAAAUCGAUAUCGACGAGUGGCGCAAUCUUGUGAACGUCCAUCCUUCGCUGUUGAAGAACAUGACUCUCACAUACCUCAGAGAUGUUACAAUGACGUUCCCGGAGUUCGUCUUCCACUCGAGACUAAGGGAAACCUGAAGAACAUUACAAGGAUGCAAAUUCAUCAUGCAUGUAUUUAAUGUUUGGUGGCAUCGCUAGCGUUGGUACCAUAUUUUAGCUUUUUUGUUGUAUGGGAAACCGGUGUGGCGCAAAUUUUAGCUUUUUUGUUGUAUACUUGAAUCGCUAAACGCACUUCAGGAGUUGUUAGAGAUUUUGUGCUAUCAUAAUCUCUA